ACCGCCGAGCCCCAGUGGGAGUGGCGGGGGCCUGAGAACCGGAAUUGUGGCGAACCAGAAUAAUUUAAAAAUGACCACACCGAACAAGACACCUCCUGGUGCUGAUCCUAAGCAGUUGGAGAGGACAGCAACAGUCAGGGAAAUUGGGUCUCAGGCUGUUUGGUCACUCUCUUCCUGCAAACCAGGGUUUGGAGUGGAUCAGUUACGGGAUGACAAUCUAGAAACUUACUGGCAAUCUGAUGGCUCUCAGCCUCAUUUAGUGAACAUCCAAUUCAGAAGAAAAACAACAGUGAAGACAUUAUGUAUUUAUGCAGACUAUAAGUCUGAUGAAAGCUACACUCCAAGCAAAAUCUCAGUCAGAGUAGGAAAUAAUUUUCACAACCUUCAAGAAAUCCGGCAACUUGAAUUGGUGGAACCAAGUGGCUGGAUUCACGUUCCUUUAACUGACAAUCAUAAGAAGCCAACUCGCACAUUCAUGAUACAGAUUGCUGUUCUAGCCAAUCAUCAGAAUGGAAGAGAUACCCACAUGAGACAAAUUAAAAUAUACACACCAGUGGAAGAGAGCUCCAUUGGGAAAUUCCCUAGAUGCACAACCAUUGAUUUCAUGAUGUAUCGUUCAAUACGGUGACUUUAAAAUGGACAGAAGUGAACAGACAUUUGUUUUAUCCUAUCAUUGGAUAGUAUAUCAAGUAUCUUUGGUGAAAAGGCGUGUUACUUUGCAAUUUUACAUACAUUUUAAAAUAAUUUAGAUAAAUAACUUUUAGGUCAUGUCUGUUUUUUAUAUAAUAAAGCUCAUAUAUUUUAUGUUGCUAAAAAUGAAUUUGAAGUCAAUCUUUAAAUUUUUCUUUAUAUUAAAACUAGUUAAACUGAAAAUUUGAAGAUAUAUAUACUAUGUGUUUGCUUUAUGGUGAUUAUUUCAUAUAAUGGUUGUUGGAUAUUGGGAGCAAAAUGGAAUUUUCAAUAGCAUCGAAGUGGAAACUUAAAGGUACUUUGGAAUAUUAGUUGUGUUGGAUGGUGUUUUCCUGGAGCAGACAUGUGAAGGAAUGUUUUCCUGAAGCAGACACAGGUGAAAGACCAAGGAAGACAGGUGAAGGAACAUUUGGCUGAAACAGACCCAGGUAUGUUCUGCUAAGGCAAGCAUGUGAGAGGGCUCUGAGUGAAGACAUGCAUGUAUUGGUCCUCCUUACAUUGCAUAGUUGAGCUGCAUUUUUUGGGACUCUAACAUCAAAAUCUUCUGGUGGUGUGCUACUGCUUCUUGUUGCUUCUGCAGAUUUGGGCUGAUUGGCAGAGACCUGUCAGCUGAGACAUACUUAAUGUGCUGAAGCAAAGCACGUGCUGAGACAAUAACAUGUGGAGGACACUUGAUGUCUGGAGAGAGGAUAAAUAGGACUCACAGUGACAGAGGCUGAACUAGUCUUGCUUAUAGAGCUAUCUGUGCAACGCUUGAGAGGCACAGCUGAGAACUUUUCCUGGUGUUCCUGUUGGCCAUGGUCCUUCCUGUUGACUAGUGCCAGGGCUAAGGCCUGGCUGUCUCUGCUAGGUAGUGCCAUCGCUGCUGAUUGGUGUUUGCUCUCUUGACUUCUGUGAACUGAACUGCUGAUUUCCUGACAAUGCAGAUGGGAGUUGCUCUAAAGAACCAUAUCUUAAACAAAUCUAC